AUGCUGGCGACCCUCGUCUUCCCCGCGGCGUACUCGCCCUCGCCGUUCGCGAGCCUCGCCGCUGCGCGGCCUCGCACCGCUGCGGCGCCUGCGAUGACCGAGCUCAGCCUCGCUGCCACUGUCGUGCGUGACGUGUCUGCCCUGCCGACGAUGUACGCCCUGAUGUCGCUCAACGAGUACAUGACGCACCGGUACUUCCAGCACUUGGAGUUCAACAGGCCCGAGUCGCUGCCGUGGGUCAAGUCGCUCGUCGAGCGCGUGGCGGGCGUGCCAGCCGCUGAGCAGAGGGUGCCGGGCGACGGACACGUCGAGCACCACGCCGAGACGUACGACGACAUGUCGCUGAAGAACGACGAGCGCUGGCGCGCGAACAAGGCGUCGCAGUCGCUCGACGACGACUACUACCGCGGCACCGCCUUCCACUGGUCUGCGACGCUCAUCAUGACUGUGCAGAUGCUGCCGUCUGUGCUGCCGACGUACGCGCUGAUGGGCUGGAGCCUGCCCGAGACGCUCGCCAUCCUGCUGCCUUCGAUGCUGCUGCACGCGGUGGCGACGCGGUUGCUGCAGAGGCAGAUGCGCGAGUCGGCCGGCGGCGGCGGCGGCACGGCGCCGGCGGCAAUCGCAAACGGGGGCACGAUCAUUGCGGACGCCUACAGCGAGUGA